GGGGAGAGGAGCCUGCAUGUAGCAGAACCUAGCGUUUGUUGUUGGGUGCGUAGUGGCCAACUCUUUCAUGGAGAAAAUACUUAUAAGGCAGAUCUCGUUUCAAGAGAAGCGUGAACAAUUGACGAAUGCAGGUAAUUCAGAGGCCGAUGCUGAGAUGUACAUGAAGUUCAUGAAAAAGCAUUGCUGCUAUGAGGCCAUUCCAACCAGCUGUAAACUGGUCAUAUUUGACACAACACUACAAGUGUCGAAAGCCUUUUUCGCUCUUGUAGCAAACGGCUUGGGAGCUGCACCUCUCUGGGAUAGCAAGACACAGAGGUUUGUGGGUAUGCUGACUAUAACAGAUUUCAUCAACAUUCUCCAUCAUUACUACAGGUCCCCAUUGGUUCAAAUGAAUGAGCUGGAGAGGCAUCAAAUUGGAACAUGGCGAGAUGUGUACCUGCAAUACUCCAACCACUGUCUUCACAGCAUCACUCCAGACGCCAGCCUCUUCGACGCCAUCUAUUCCCUACUGAGGUAUAAGAUCCACAGAUUGCCGGUUAUCGAUCCCGUGUCCGGAAAUGUCUUACACAUUCUCACACACAAGCGAAUCCUCAAGUUUCUCCAUAUAUUUGUAAGACAACAUGGCUUGGAGAUGUCUGUGUGUUUUUGCUCAUAUCAUUUGGGCAUCCACUUCAAACAGUGGUGUUGUGAACUGUAUGUGUUGCUUUUACAUUCCUUGUGUUCCUUUUUCUUUUUUUUAAAGUACUCCACACAGAAAGAGACAGUCCCAAAACCCUGCUUCAUGCAGAAGACGAUCCAGGACGUUGGGAUCGGGACAUUCCGGAACAUUGCCACGGUCCAGCAGACGGCCUCAGUCUACGAUGCCCUGUCUGUGUUUGUAGAGAGGAGGGUCUCCGCACUGCCCGUAGUAAACGAGCAAGGCAAGGUGGUGGCUCUCUACUCCAGAUUCGAUGUGAUUAACCUGGCCGCCCAGAAGACAUACAACAACCUGAACAUGUCCAUGGAGGAGGCCAUCCGACGGCGCUGCUGUUUCGUCGAGGGCGUCAUCAAGUGCCUCCCCGACGAGACCCUGGAGGCCAUCAUCGAUCGCAUCAUUAAGGCUGAGGUCCAUCGGCUGGUCCUGGUGGACAAAGAGGAUGUGUGCAGGGGGAUCAUCUCUCUCUCCGACCUGCUCCAGGCCAUGGUGUUAACCCCGGCAGGUAAUGACGCCCUUUUAGCCUCUUAGCACCUGUGGGAGUCAGGCCCCCUUGCCCUACCUACAUCUUCCACCGCUUCUUGCCCCACCUCCCUGGCCCAGGUAGGUACACUCUUUUUUCUCUCCUCUCCCCGAUCCCCCCAGCUCACUGACUGGCUGUCAGACACGCUUCUUUGACCCCCCUACAACAGCUGCUGCUGCUAUACGUUGCCCCCUGUUUCUCUGAGCUUCUGCCACAUAUCAACCCCGAAGCACCAACAUGCAAGUGUGCACACCACUCACAUGCACUCACUCACACACAAAGGGUGAUGAUGACGACCGCUGGCCUAUCGUUCCCUGAUGCAUGGGGCGCCGGAUAAAUCCAAUGAUUUUCAGAAGGACUGGAAUCUUGAAGAUUCCAAGCCUUUGUGGUUGACAUUCUAUGGACUAGCUGCAGCUAAAAGGCUAAGUUACAGUAUGGCACUCGAGGAAUGUGGUGAUAUAUCUGCAUAAAGAUUUGAUGAUAUCCAAUUUGAUCUGCGUGCCACAUGGCACCCUAUUCCGUAUAGUGUAGUGUACUACUUUGACCAUUGUCCAUAGGGCUCAGGUGAAAAGUAAAAAAAUAUCUUGGCUUGUGCAAGCCGGAACGGCUCAUAGGAGCAUGAGCCUAUCUCCUGUUUCUGUAGCGUAGCAUGAGGCAGCUUGAUGGACAAGUACAGCCCCUGGACAGGACACUAGUCUAUCUCAGGUCAGUAGUGCACUAUAUAUAGGUAAUAGGGUGCCAUUUGGGAUGCAACCAUGUUGUUGUACAUUUGCAUCUCUCAGAUUGGUUCGUGUCAAUGGCAAGGAUCUGUAUGGAGCUUAUUAUCUACAUUUAUGCUGAUAUAAUGCGCACAGCCUUUUUUAAAUCAUAUGCUUUGGUUAUAAUCAUUCCAAUCUUUGAUCAUAUUGCAUCUCCACUGUUGUUUAUUAUUUUCCAGAGAUUUCAAGCAAAUCAAACUGAGAUCACUAGAGAACAAUGUGAAGUGGAUGAAAAGGGAGACCGUUUUCAAAAUGUCAUCGUACUGCUGUAGAGAGAUCCGCAACAAUCAACUGUAUCAGUUGAGUUCAAUAAAACACAAUUGUCCUUAGUUGCAUUUUAUCAAAUUGAUGAUGUAAGUUUGUGUUACUUUGUGUUGCACUGAAUUUGUGCUUUAUUAAACAUGUUCAAAUCAA